UGAGCAUUUCAUCAAUUAUUUAGUCUAGUAAAAUCAGUCCAAAAUGUAAAAGAAAAAUAUGUGACAAUUGCUUUACUCUCAACAGUGUGCUUCUUAUGAGUGUUCAUGGGAGCUCCGCCCAUCUCUGCCGGAAAGGUUGGUUAAUGAAGAUUCCGGUGGGCUUCUCCGUCUUACCAGUGUUUGUAGGGAGAUCGAUUCACAUUAAUUAGGCAUCUGCAUGAUCCAUCAAAUCCAGUUAAAUCUGUUGAUUUUCAUAAGAUUAUUGAGAAUCUUCCCUAGAAGAGCAGGCGUGUGACUCAAGUUAUUUGGAUGUUAUAAAUGUAGCAUAAUUUGCAGCUACACAUCUAGUGUAAGUGAGCUUUGUUGUUCAUCACUAAAUCAUAUCGUAUUAUAACUGAUCUAUGUACAAGGGGAAAUUCUUACUGUUUGCUCAACCACUAUCUAACUUAAGCUUAUCGUAUUAUGUUAGAUAUUGUGAAACAAUGUGAUCACGUUACUGUUAAAGCUCAAAAAAACUCCUUUGAGUUAUCAAAAAUAUUUGUUGGAUCAAAAUUUAUCGUUCCUCUUUACAAUUACAAGAACAUGUUCUAGCUUUGAGAAAGGGGACUUCUUGUAGUAACUUGUUUCGCUAACGGACAUUGUUUAAGGUAGGGAUAAUGAAGGAAGCAUAUUCAAAAAGUAGUUUGAGACUAAGACGUAGUUUGUGUUGUUUUAUCAAAUGAAUAAUGAUAAGCACGUGCUUCACAAACAAGUCAUACUUGCAAGUAAUCUUCAUGCAAUUAAUAUGGAGGGGAAGGAAAAGGCAUAAGAAACUAAUGAUUUUUUCUUAGUGGAAUUAUAUCAAAGAUACUAUUACAAUCAAUACAUUAAGUCUUGUGGUUGUUUCAACUUCUUGUUGUCUGUCUUUUCAUAUGCAAAUUAUGUGAUUGAUGAAUAAAGAUAAAAGAGAUCUCUAUAGUUAACAUAUUUUUGUUGUCAAUCAUAACUCACCAAAAUUUUCAUUUUUUAAGUUAAUAUUGUGUCAUCAGAAAUUCACAAACUAAUAGGUCAUUUGGAUGCCCAUUACAAUGUGGAAUUAUUCAUAUAUCAAAAUUAACAUAAGCGUUACAUUUGCUAAAGAUUCCAAUACCAAGUACGGUGUUUAGUUACAUGUUUGCAAUCCCACAUUACUAAUUUGGAAAAGAUGUUACGCGUUUGCCAAAUUUAUUUGAAUGAAUUAAUCCUUACAAGGAUAAAUUUUUAACUCUAUGACUUAAAGUUAAAGGGGUAAAAUUGGAUUUUUUAAAUAAAUUUUUGAGAUAUCUUAUUAAGUUUUGACUUUAGGCCGUUAAUUGUAUUGAGUUAUCCAUAUAUUAGUAUACAUGUAUUAGUUAUUACAUCUUGUGCCGUGAAUAAAUAAUUCAUAAAUUUCCUCGUAACUUAUACAUGUAUUAGUUAUGAAAAAAAUUGCAAACAAGUAACUAAACUUCGUAUUUGGUGCGCUUAAUUUAUAUAUCACAAAAUAAAAUGCUACCAAACAGAGUACUCCUAAUUAUACUAGUCUUAAUACAUGAAUAAUAUAAUUCUAACCAGCAAUCAGAUGACCGCUUAGUAUGUGUAUUAGUAUGUGAUUUUUGAAUGACAUAAUAUUAUUUUAGUAAAUGAACAUUUUGGUGAGAAAAAUGAUUGACAAUAAAAGUAUCUUAGAUAUAGAAAGUCCUUUUAUCUUGACUCAUUAAUCACAUAUUUUACAUAUGAAAAGAGAGACAACAAUGAAUUGAAACAAUUGCAAAUAUUAAUGUAUUGAUUGUAGUAUUAUUCAUUGCAUGAAGAUUGCUUUUCUUCCUCCCUUAUAUUUAUUGCAUGAAUAAUGCUCAUAGGUAUGACUUCUUUAUGAAACACGUGUAUGAUUACUCAUUUGGUAAAACAACAAAACUAUGUUUCAGUCUCAAACUAAUUUGCAUGUUGCUCCAUUUCCACCCCUUCAUUAUCACUUCCUCGAACAAUGCCCGUAGCGAUUCAGGUUACUACAAGAAGAUACCUUUCAAGAGACUAAAAUGGUGACCUUGUAAUUGUAAAGAGAGAUGAGAUUUUUUAACAUGAUUGCAUUGCCUCACAUUAGCUAACAAAAUAUGACAAGCUAAAGUUAAAAUAGAGUAACAAUAACAAUUCCACCUUGUGUAUAGAGUAGUUAAAAUAUAACAUGCUUUAGCAAUGAGCAACAAAACUAACUUACACUAGAUGUGUAACUGCAAAUUAUGUUACAUUAUUUAACAUCCAAAAUAACUUAAGUCAUACACCUGCAAUUCUGGCAAGAUUGAGAAAACAAGCCAUCCACCUAUCUACCAAAAGAAAUGUCUUUAGUGGCAAUUAAUUGAAUAUCGAUGUAUUCCUUUGCUCAACAAUUAUUAGACAAUAAAUGGGAAUGAAGACCUUUUCGUUGGCCAUUGAAGAGAUUAGCUUCAAAAUGUUGGUACUAAAUAGAGUAGUACAAAAUCUUUUUGUAUGUUCCCUCCCUCCUUGUAAACCUAGAACAGACGGAAAUCUAAAAACCUAGUCACAUAAUCUCCGAUUAUUCAGUGCAUCUGCAAUUGUUUCGUCGGGGAUUUUGGAUUUGUGGUGGAUUUUAGAUGUUCUUGAUAGGAACAAUGCGGAAGAGGAAGGUGAGUGUGUUUGAUGUGGUGGAUGAAUUGUUGGCGUCGGCGAAGAAAGCCAAUGGUGGAGACGGCAUGAUGCCUUCGAUCAACAAGUAAUAUGAAAAACCUUACUCACAGUGAUUCUAUGAGAUUUUGUAGAAGAGGAAGACUCUUCCUGUAUGGCAUCAAAAAGAGGAGUUCUCAAGUUGAUGAAUAUCCAAUCAACGGCUGUCGUCACCAGUAUUAUGUCCCUUGUACCGUCCCAUCCUUUGGACCUUGCAGUAGGUGUUUGCAGAUACUUCUUGUUCUGAUAUUUUUGAUGCAUUCAGCAGCCAAUUUUAUAUCUGGCCAUUGUGAUUUGAUGGGGGGCGUCCUUGUUGUCAUAGGAGAAAGGCAUGACCUACUUUUUCUGAAUAUAGUGCCUGCCCUUCUUACCGAAUGUGAAGUUCAGAUUAGCUGGGCAAAGAACAUUUAUUUCCUUCAAAAUGCAGAAGGUGCAGGCUUAGUCCCAUUUGAUUGUUGGCUUUGCUUAAGAGGGACUAAAAUGAUGGUGUUGCGUGUAGAGAACAACAGUGGUCUAGCUCUCAAGAGGUUGGUUGACAUAAGCAUGGAUUCAUUACUCUUCUCUCGAAGCAAUUGGUCACUCUGACGGAGUUAUCUGGUGGUGUCCGCAAUCUUCUUCCCAAAGCUGUGAUAAUUGUAUUCAUUCUGUAGGUUCUUUGAAUUGACUAUCUUCCAAUAGUUCAGUAAUCAUGCUAAACCUAGAACCUCCUUCCAGGUACACGGUUGUGCCUUUAUGUGGCGAGUAAUCACAUGAUGAGUUGGAAACUCUUCUCGCCGUGGAACCUCUCAGUAAGACUUGCCGUGUGGUGAUGAAUCACAAGACAAGUUUGCAUGUGCAAAUUGAAACUUCAUGAGAACAUAGGUGUAUGGAAAGGACAGAACUUCUUUAUGGAUAAAGGUCUGAAGUCUUGUUGGGUCUAUAAUGUUUAGUGGUAUUUGGAUGCGGCAAAUGGCGAUUGGGUUUGAACACCAGAGAAGGGAUGUAAUCGAUUUUACUUUUUUUGGACAUCACUUUUACUAGACUUAACUGUUGGGAAAAGAACUAUCAAAAUGGUCCUACAUGUAUGGGAUUGGAUUAUUCUAGACCUUCGUAUAUGUCACGUAAUUGAAAUAGAUCUUGAUGUAUAGUGAAAGUGAUCUUCAUCAUCUAUAAACUGAAAUAGUUUUUUAAUGUAUAGAAAAACUGAUCCAUCUACUUCUUAUAUAUACCAUGUCAUUGAAAUAA